CCCAAACUUUCUUUCUUUCUUUUCUUUUCUUUUUCUUCUAUUUCAAUUUAUUUUCCACUCACUAAUAACUACAUUUCUCAUUUUAUUUACUUGCUGUCUACACUAUUCUCAAAUUCCUCGCCGAUUUAUUGGAUCCGACAUGCCGGCGCCGCCGUUUUAGUCCUCCAGAUUCUCUCGUAGAUCUAUCGCGUCGCUAUCAGGGCUGGUGUCUUUGUUAGUAGCAAGGGGGCGUUGUGGGGAGCGACACAGAAAAUAUAUGUUGAUGCCCAGAUGAUCAGAACUAAUGUUAUUGGCAGUGGAAGGAGGAGGGUUCUUCUCUUCUUCGGCUUCUGGGUAUAGCAAGGGCUUGACCCUUCUUCUCUUGGGUCAGAAGCACGAAGACAAACCCAUGAGAGUUACGCCGUGGAAUCAGUACCAGUUGGUGGACCAAGAACCUGACUUUGACCUCCAGCUGGCUUCCUUGAAGAACCGGCUUUCCCGCGGCUGCGCUUCUUUUGUCUGCUUUGGUCGCGCUUCCGCAGGACUUGAAUCCCCAUCACCUCUCAAAGUAGGCCCUGCCCAACAGAAGGAUGUCUUGCCAGAUCCUCUUGUUGCUGACAAGGGAAAAGAUCUUACAACUGAACUCGAAGGUGAUAAUAAUGCAAUAAAAGUUACUCUUAGGAGUAGUUUGAAGAAGACAUCAAAAAGUAUUCCAGUCCCUGUUGAGGAUGCUAAUCAGAGCGAGCCAUUGAAUGACAAAGGUAGUGAUAUCCCUGGUCAUACAGAAAGGAGAAAAGUGCAGUGGACCGAUGUUUGUGGGAGUGAGCUUGCUGAAAUUAGGGAAUUUGAACCAAGUGAAACAGGUGGAUCAGAUGAUGAAUUUGAGAAUGGAAAUGAAAGAAGUUGUUCAUGUGUGAUUAUGUGAUCAAUUACCAGAGUUUUGACGGCGCCCAAGUUUUCUCAAGAUGCCUGGUACAUCCCUUGAAUUUGCUACUACUAACAGAGGUCAUCUGCUUUCUCCCUGGAUCAACUGAUUUUUGUUAAAGAAGAAGAGUAAUUGAGUGCAUAUGAAAUGCUACCAUAGCAAGGAGUUCUGCAUCUGGCCACGCAUCCAUAGCCAAUUAGUGAGAAGUUCUAUAUCUGGCCACGCCUGUUGGACUCUGAUCAUUUGUGCCUAUAUUCAAUUGAUGAGGAUUUCAAUUUUGUUACUCUAAUCUUCACGCUGUUUUAUCACCUUAUUCUUGUUACUUGUGAUUGCCCUGCCCAUUGUUUUCUCAAUUAAUGUCUCAUAUUAUUUUUGGCCAUUUAUUGGUAGUUUGAUGGAUUAGCUUGUAUGCUCCCAUUUUGUGAUAUUAUUCACCUUUACCAUUUUUAUUCA